AUGUUCAACGAUCGAAAGCCUAACUCGGGCGGUCCCGGAUUCGUGAAGGCCUACAGCAACAACUGGCUUACCCAGCUCGGUGAUGUCUACAAAUACGAGUCCCCGAGGGGUGGUGGGCUGCGGAAGCGCGAUCAGCACCAGCACCGCAAGAUCGCGCUCUACAGCAUCCUGGCGAUGGCGUUCGUGGCAUUCUUCACACUGUUCAUGAUCGUUCACGAAACCGAGCGCCGAAUGCGCCAGCAGGUGAUCGAGCUGAGCUUCGACAACGAAACGUCGAUCGAGCCGAGUGCCGGUGGCUUCAACACCGUCCUGACGACACCCCUCUCCUCGGGGUUGAUGAACCAGAGCGUGGAAUCUUCAGAGAGCGCUGAGUCGUCGAUGAAAAGGACACGCGGUCUGCGAUACUACGCGCGGCCGAGCGAAGGCUCCGUAGCUGUUGGCCGCGAUGGGUUGGUCCUGCUGCCAGCACGAUUCCUGAAACCACCACCGGUAUCGGGGGAAGCGGACGCCCGGAGCCGACUGUCCUGGUCCGGCGAAGGGGAACCCUUGACGGAGGCCGAAGUCCUGACCACACCCGAGUCUGCCGCCUCCCGGCGCAGCGAUGCCGCCGCUGAACCGAAACCGUUCCACUUUAAACCGAUCGGACCGGUUCCGGUCGGGUUCCAGCAGCAGCCGGUGUCGAGCGAAGCGAAUCACUCGCUGGCCGACAGCAUCCAGGGUGUGAUCCGACAGCUGACGCUGGCCAAACGGCAGCAGCACCAGCAGCUGCACUACAACUACCACCCCUACAUGGGUGCGGUCCCGUUGCAGCCCUCGGAGUUCAAUCAUCCGGUCCACCAGAACCAUCGGAUCAAGUUCACCGGGAUCUACCGCCAUCCGCGCAAAAACGGUGACAUUACGACCCUGUUCGGGGCCGCAUCGCAGCGCCCUCGGGAGGUGCUCCUCCAGCCACCGCAGCUCAUAAACCAGCAGCUCCAGCAGCCGAUGAUGCCGGAUGCGCUCUACAACUUCAAACCGCACGACCCGAGCGAUGUGAAUCUGCUGGCCACGGAACAGUUCCGGUUUGCGCCGCAGCCCCGCGCUAACGGCUGGCCACGCGAGGGAAUGCCUUUCUCGGUGAUGCUAAACCUUGAACCGGUGCCCGCCAUACGGCAACCCUAUCAGACCCGUCCGCUCACGAAAGGGCGCCGGAAUCGGUUCCGCAAUCCGUGGGCACCACCCGCCAAUGAGCAGGCCUUCGCGCAACUGUCCCCGUAUCGGGUGCGACCGUCCGGGAACGUUUACGGCGAAAGUGCCGAGUACGAACAGGAAAGCUAUUUUCGCCGCAAUGGCCCUCCGGUUCCGGUUCCAGCAUUUGCCAGUCCCCUGAUUGGCCCAAGUCGGUUGAUGGUCCAUUUCAACAUCUACCCGAAGCAGACGGCGGCGGUGGCCCAGCGAAAAUCUGAGCCGCCUGUCUCGACGGAAUUGAACACGGGAGAGGAACAAGACCAGCGAUCCUCUACCGUUCCGACGACGACACCCUCGUCGACGGUGGAGGUGCUCAAAUCGAUCGAGAUCCCGACGCAAAUCACCUUCGACCAUGUGCCGCUCGGCCGCCAUCCUCCACCGCCUCGGCCGGAACACAAUCCUUGGUUGGGCGACGAAGCAACGAACCGGUUGUGGCAGGUCCGCGCCUAA